CCUGUAUUAUACAAAAGUGAAAAAAUAAUAAUAUUUCCGUUUUUACUUUCUUAUGCCGGCAAUAAAGGCGGAUUAUUAUCUAAAUACACACUGCGCUCUUAAAAACAAUAGAGAAAGUUGAUUGGCGGCCACGGGGUAUCGCCAAGUCGGUGUAUUGGUAUUAGAUUUUUCAAGACCAGAUUUCCACUUCAGUACCGAACCGAUCUCCAAAGCCUUCGGUUACGCGUGAAAUGACUAAGCAAAACCGGGCAGUUAUUAUUUAAUUUUCGCCAUCGUCUACCCGCACGUCCAGGCCUUUACUGCGCGCGCGACCAUGUCUUCCGAAAACUGCGAGUGUUCGUUCCAAGACUCUUCGUUCUUAUCGAGGUCGUGCGGCAGCACCGGCACGCUGGCGUUCUUCAUGUCGCUGGUCGACCUGAUCGUCCGGUCGCAGUGCUCGCUGGCCGAUCCCUGUCGGCGGGCCGGCGACAGAAAGUUGCCGACGGGCCCGUACUACGCCGAGGAACUGGACUUCGUGGUGGUCGGCGGCGGCGUGGCCGGCUCCGUGGUGGCCGCUAGGCUCAGCGAGGUGCCCGAGUGGACGGUGGGCCUGCUGGAGGCCGGUCCCGAAGAGCCCACCGCCACGUCGGUGCCGGCGUUCGCCACGGCCGCCCUAGGCACGGAACUCGACUGGCGGUACCUGACCGAGCCACAGCGGUUUGCGUGCCUAAACGCCGGCGGCGUGUGCGCGUGGCCCCGGGGCAAAAUGCUGGGCGGCACCGGCGCCAUGACCGGCAUGAUGUACUCGAGGGGCCACCGGCUCAUGUACGACGGUUGGCGCGACGCCGGCAUCACCGGUUGGGGCUACGACGACGUGCUUCCUUACUUCAAGAAAACCGAGUCCAACCGAAACCGGGACAUCGUGGAGCCGCAAUACCACGGGUUCGACGGUCCCGUGGCCGUGCAGACGUUCCCGCACCGUCCCGAUAUGGCCGAGUCCAUAGUGAAAGCCGGCGAGGAGUUGGGUUACAGAUCCGGCGACUUGAACGGACACAAUCAAACAGGUUUUGCGAUUGCGCAAGUCAUGAUGGAACACGGCUUGAGGAUGAGCACCUCGCGGGCAUUCUUGCGACCGGCCAACGACAGGAAAAACCUGUACGUGAAAAUCAACAGCCGUGUUACCGGACUGGUAUUAAACAAGUUCAACAACCGAGUGCAGGGCGUCAAAUACGUGGAUGAAAACGGCGAGCACAUGGUCCGAGCCAGGAAGGAAGUCAUCCUGUCGGCCGGUGUCGUAGGAUCUCCACACUUGCUCAUGGUUUCCGGCAUAGGACCGGCCGAAGAUCUGCUCAGGGCCGGCGUGACGGUGUUCAAGGACUUGCCGGUCGGUCGCAACCUACAACAUCACGUAUCCGUUAGCAUUGCUGCCACCGUCAACGCGUCCGACCACGAAUACCACCUGUCCAUGGACGCCGUAUCGGAGUUCAUCAGCAACCGAACCGGACCUUUGGCUAGCACUGGACUGACCCAGACAACAGGGUUCCUGACCACCACUUACGCAGAAGACGGUAUUCCCGAUGCUCAACUGUACUUUGACGGACUGGCGCCGAACUGCGAAAAAGUGUUGGUAGAUGCCGAUUCGCCGGCUUUCAGGGCCGAGGAAACCCGACCGUUCGUCUGGGCCCGGCCCACUUACCUGUUGACCAAAAGCAGAGGGUACAUAGCUCUGCGCACGGCCAACCCGUUCGACGACCCGAUUAUCCAGCCCAACUACUUCCAAGACUACCGGGACGUGCUGGGAAUGGUUGACAGCAUCAAGAUCGUGCUCAAGAUGAUCAAGUCGCAGGCGCUCAGGAAAUGGGACAUGCAGGUGGACCCCACCCCGGAGCCGGGUUGCGAACACUACCCUCACGGCACCGACCCUUAUUGGGCUUGCGUGGCCGUCACCGCCACCAAAGCGGAAAACCAUCAUUCGGGCACGUGCAAGAUGGGACCUUCGUGGCAUCCCGAAACCGUGGUCGAUCCGGAGCUCAGGGUGCUGGGAAUACCUAACCUGCGGGUGAUGGACGCUUCGGUUUUCCCCACGGGACCCAACUGCAACCCCAUAGCGCCGGUGAUAAUGGUGGCCGAAAAAGGGUCGGACAUGGUAAAGGAGACGUGGGCCGCGUUUAGGAAAAACUGACUGCCGCCAUCAUCGGGCUAACGAACAAAUAAUUAACUAUGCGCAUUGUACAACCGUCUAGGCACCGGACGACCUGUCUAGGACCUUGAUACGAGACCUACACGUUUCAACACGACCGGGUGAAAACAAAACGAUCAAGUGUGGCGUUCGGUUGUUAUAAAAAAAAAAAAAAAUAGUGACUACCGAUCCGAAACAAAUUAGUUCACUGUAAGGUGUCCUACAUUGUAUUUAAACAUUUCAUCAUUGUUAUAAUUACUCGCUAAUGCUCAAGUGUCGCAAUUCGAAUCGUUAGCUAAAUAUUUACAAAGUGUUUAGUCCCAAGUCAAAUUUGUGAUAUCUAUAUACUUUGAUUUAAUUAUUUAUUAUAUAUUUAUAUAUUAUUAUGUUUUGUGUUAACGAGCAAAACAAUCGAUGUGACAACUGUUCGUUUCGUUCUACAUUCAAAAUCCACGUGUAAAUAAAAAAAACAUUGUCGUAGCUACGUUUUGCUUCGCUUAUUUACAUUAGGUUAGGUUA